GCAGCCGGCUGGGCACGGCUCACGCAGCCCUCCCGCAGCUCCAGCGCCGCCUGAGCCCUUUUCCAGCGCCUCCUUCCCCGGCUCCGGCUGGACCAGCCAUGGCCUCGAUAAAGAAGCCCUCGCCCCGUCGGCGGGGAUGCCGGUGAAGCUCAGUGCCCGGCGCAGGAGCAGCGGCCGGCCGGGAGCUGGAAUGAUUCCCGCUGCGGGCGAUGCCCAGCCCUGCCCCUAGCCCGGCUUCCCAGGGCUGAACUCCCGCUUUUCUCCUGUUGGGAGAGCAGUGCCACCGAGCAUGCCGCACAGAGCCCCUCUGCAGCCGAAGCCCAGGGCAGCUUCCCAGUGAGCCCAGCUCCUCAGGAGCCAGAGUUGCCUCUUCCCAGCCCAGGCGCUGGGAAGCACCUCCGAGAGCGAAUUUCGCUGCGCCCAGCGGGUGUCCCGGUCCUGGAGGAGGGGGCUGCCAUGGAAGAGAAUGUGUUCAGCGUGCAGCAGAUCCAGCCCAACGUCAUCUCGGUGAGGCUCUUCAAGCGCAAGGUGGGCGGCCUCGGCUUCCUGGUGAAGGAGCGCGUCAGCAAACCGCCCGUCAUCGUCUCCGACCUGAUCCGGGGCGGGGCUGCCGAGCAGAGUGGCCUCAUCCAGGCUGGGGACAUCAUCCUGGCCGUCAAUGGCAGGCCCCUGGUGGACAUGAGCUACGAGGCGGCGCUGGAGAUCCUGAGGAGCAUCGCCUCCGAGACCUACGUGGUGCUCAUCCUGCGCGGCCCCGAGGGCUUCACCACCCACCUGGAGACCACCUUCACCGGCGACGGCACCCCCAAAACCGUCCGUGUCACCAGAGCCCUGUGCCCGCCUCCCAAGGCGGUUGACUUGUCCAACCCAAGCCUUCCCGGCCAAGAGCAGCCCCAGCCAGCAGCCAUGGGAUCCCCGUGGAGCAGGGAAAUCGGGAAGGAGGUGGAGCCCAUGGUCCACGUUAAUGGGGUUGUUCCCGGCGGCGAAGAGGCCGGCGAGGGCAAGGACGGGGCUUGUGCUCACUCGUGCCUCAAUGGUGGCGUGGAAGACAAUGAGCUGCUCAAAGAAAUCGAGCCUGUGCUGGACCUGCUGAAGAGCAGCAGCGGCGGAGACGCGCCCUCCAAGGUGGAGACGCGGGAUAUAGAAGUCCAGGUGGACUGUUUCAGGGAAGGGGAGAACUCUCCCCAGAAAGCUGGGAUGGAGCAGGAGCGUGCCGUGGGGGAGCUGUGGGGGAAGAGCGGCGUCCCCGUGGGCCAGAGCAACCCCGACGCCGCAGCAGAGCAGCCACCAUCGGGGCGCCAGUCCCCGACCAGGAACCCCCUCAACGGGAGCCCUUCCAAGUGCCCCCGGUUCGUGAAAAUCAAGAACUGGGAGACAGGAUCCGUGCUCCACGACACCCUGCACCUCAAAACUGCCAUGGCCACGGCGUGCACCGAGCAGAUCUGCAUGGGCUCCGUCAUGACCCCCGGCCCCCACGUGCGCAAGGCCGAGGACACCAGGAGCAAGCAGGAGGUGCUGCUGCUGGCCAAGGACUUCAUUGACCAGUACUACUCCUCCAUAAAGAGAUCCGGCUCCAAGGCCCACAUGGAGCGGCUGGAGGAGGUGACCAAGGAGAUUGAGGCCACUGCCACCUACCAGCUGCGGGACACGGAGCUGAUCUACGGCGCCAAGCACGCCUGGAGGAACGCGGCGCGCUGCGUGGGCAGGAUCCAGUGGUCCAAGCUGCAGGUGUUCGAUGCCAGGGACUGCACCACGGCCCAUGGGAUGUUCAAUUACAUCUGCAACCACAUCAAGUAUGCCACCAACAAGGGCAACCUCAGGUCUGCCAUCACCAUCUUCCCUCAGCGCACGGACAGCAGGCACGACUUCCGCAUCUGGAACGCGCAGCUGAUCCGCUACGCCGGCUACAAGCAGCCCGACGGCUCCGUCCUGGGGGAUCCCGCCAACGUGGAGCUCACCGAGAUCUGCAUCCAGCAAGGCUGGAAGGCUCCGUACGGGCGCUUCGAUAUCCUGCCCCUGCUGCUCCAGGCCAACGGCAACGACCCCGAGCUCUUCGAGAUCCCACCUGAGCUCGUGCUGGAAGUGCCCAUCCGGCACCCCAAGUUUGAGUGGUUUAAGGACCUGGGCCUGAAGUGGUACGGGCUGCCAGCCGUUUCCAACAUGCUCCUGGAGAUUGGGGGCCUGGAGUUCUCCGCCUGCCCCUUCAGCGGGUGGUACAUGGGCACGGAGAUCGGCGUGCGCGACUACUGCGACAACUCCCGCUACAACAUCCUGGAGCAAGUGGCCAAGAAAAUGAACCUGGAUAUGAGGAAAACAUCCUCGCUGUGGAAGGACCAGGCCCUGGUGGAGAUCAACAUUGCUGUGCUCUACAGCUUCCAGAGUGACAAGGUGACCAUCGUGGAUCACCACUCGGCCACCGAGUCGUUCAUCAAGCACAUGGAGAACGAGUACCGCUGCCGGGGCGGCUGUCCCGCCGACUGGGUCUGGAUCGUGCCGCCCAUGUCGGGCAGCAUCACCCCUGUGUUCCACCAGGAGAUGCUCAACUACCGCCUGACGCCCUCCUUCGAGUACCAGCCCGACCCCUGGAACACCCACGUGUGGAAGGGGGUCAAUGGGACACCCACCAAGAAGAGAGCCAUUGGCUUUAAGAAGCUGGCAAAGGCUGUGAAGUUCUCAGCCAAGCUGAUGGGCCAGGCCAUGGCCAAGAGGGUCAAGGCCACCAUCCUGUAUGCCACAGAGACGGGGAAGUCGCAGGUCUAUGCGAAGACUCUGUGUGAGAUCUUCAAGCACGCCUUCGAUGCCAAGGUGAUGUCCAUGGACGAGUAUGACAUCGUGCACCUGGAGCAUGAAACCAUGGUCCUGGUGGUGACCAGCACCUUUGGCAACGGGGACCCCCCUGAGAACGGAGAGAAAUUUGGCUGUGCUUUAAUGGAGAUGAAGAAUCCCAACUCCAACCUGGAGGAGAGGAAGAGCUACAAGGUGCGGUUCAACAGCGUCUCCUCCUACUCGGACGCGCGGAAAUCCUCCAGCGAUGGCCCCGAGCCCAGGGACAACUUUGAGAGCACGGGGCCCCUGGCCAACGUCAGGUUCUCGGUGUUCGGGCUGGGCUCCCGCGCGUACCCGCACUUCUGCGCCUUCGCCCGCGCCGUGGACACGCUGCUGGAGGAGCUGGGCGGGGAGAGGAUCCUCCGCAUGGGAGAGGGCGACGAGCUCUGCGGCCAGGAGGAGUCCUUCAGGACCUGGGCCAAGAAGGUCUUCAAGGCAGCGUGUGACGUGUUCUGCGUGGGGGACGACGUCAACAUCGAGAAAGCAAACAACUCCCUGAUCAGCAACGACCGCAGCUGGAAGAGGAGCAAGUUCCGCCUCACCUACGUGGCCGAGGCCCCAGAGCUCACUCAAGGACUUUACAGCAUCCACAAAAAACGUGUCUAUGCAGCCCGGCUCCUCACACGCCAGAACCUGCAGAGCCCCAAGUCCAGCCGCCUGACCAUUUUCCUGCGCCUGCACACCAACGGGCACCAGGGGCUGCAGUACCUGCCCGGGGACCACCUGGGGGUGUUCCCAGGGAACCACGAGGACCUGGUCAAUGCCCUCAUAGACAGGCUGGAGGAUGCCCCUCCAACCAACCAGCUGGUGAAGGUGGAGCUACUGGAGGAGAGGAGCACGGCUCUAGGUGUCAUCAGCAACUGGACAGACGAGAACCGUGUCCCACCCUGCACCAUCUUCCAGGCCUUCAAGUACUACCUGGACAUCACCACCCCUCCCAGCCCGCUGCUGCUGCAGCAGUUCGCUCUGCUGGCCACCAGUGACAAGGAGAAGAAACGUCUGCAGGUCCUGAGCAAGGGCUUGCAGGAGUACGAGGAGUGGAAGUGGUCCAAGAACCCCACGAUUGUGGAGGUGCUGGAGGAGUUCCCCUCGGUGCAGAUGCCCUCCACGCUGCUGCUCACCCAGCUGCCCCUGCUGCAGCCUCGCUACUACUCCAUCAGCUCGUCCCCGGAGAUGUACCCGGGAGAGGUGCACCUGACCGUGGCCGUGGUGUCCUACCGCACCCGAGACGGAGAGGGACCGAUCCACCACGGCGUGUGCUCCUCGUGGCUCAGCCGCAUCCAGCCGGAUGAAGUGGUGCCCUGCUUUGUGCGAGGAGCCCCCGGGUUCCACCUGCCACAGGACCCACAGCUGCCCUGCAUCCUCAUCGGGCCCGGCACCGGCAUCGCGCCCUUCCGCAGCUUCUGGCAGCAGCGCCUCUUCGACAUCCGCCACAAAGGGCUGAAGCCGUGCCCCAUGGUGCUGGUGUUCGGCUGCCGGCAGUCCAGGAUCGACCACAUCUACAAGGAGGAGACGCUGUUUGCCAAGAGCCAGGGUGUCUUCAGAGAGCUCUACACGGCCUAUUCCCGGGAGCCAGACAAACCAAAGAAAUACGUGCAGGACGUGCUGCAGGAGCAGCUGGCCCAGACGGUGUUCACAGCGCUGCAGGAGCAGGGGGGUCACAUCUACGUGUGCGGGGACGUCACCAUGGCCGGGGACGUGCUCAAGGCCGUGCAGCACAUCCUGAGGCAGCAGGGCCAGCUGUCAGCAGAGCAGGCUGGGGCCUUCCUCAGCAAGCUGAGGGAUGACAGCCGCUACCACGAGGACAUCUUCGGGGUCACCCUGCGCACGUACGAGGUGACGAACCGCCUCCGCUCCGAGUCCAUCGCCUUCAUCGAGGAGAGCAAGAGGGACACGGACGAGGUUUUCUGCUCCUAACUGGACCCUUCAGCCCAGGGGAUGCCAAACCAGUCCCAGCACCUGCUGUCCCCUCCAGCUGGAGGGCACUGGGUUUUGUAUUUCAUGGACACAGUGGCUCCUUUUCCACGGGGAUCUGCCCAUGGAAAGCUCUGUCUCUCGUCCUGUCCUUGUGUCCUGAUGAUGAUGAUGAUGACUUUUAUUUCCUUCCCUCCUUCCUUCUCUUGCUCUUGUCCAUUUCUUGUGGCCAUUUCUUUUCACCUCCUUCCCCUUCCCUGGAUUUCCCCACUGGAGUUUGAUGGCUUUAUAACCUGCAGUGGCUCUUUUCAGAAUUCCACAUUUCCCCUCCUUCCCAAGAGGGCAUUUUGCAGCUGCAUGAAAUCACCACCACCACCUUUGUGAUCAUUUUGGGGUUUUUUUCUGGGGGUGAGCAGAGGGGCUGGGCAAUGGUGAGGUCUUGUUGCUUGUCCAGAGCUGGGGGCUGUUCCUGCCAGGCUUCCUCUUCCCCCAGCUUGGCUGAAUCCUUGUGUUUUCAUGGCUUUCCUUUGGGUUUGGACAAACCUGGGCAUGUACCUGAGGCUGGGGGCAGAUAAUGUGCAAUUCCCAUUAAUUUUUUCCAUCCCCAAGCAGCCUGGGUACAGCUGUGUGGUUUUUGAUCUGAUUUAUGUGUCACAAUUUCUCCUAAAUGGCCCCUGCACUUUGUCUUCCCUGUGAGCCUCUCCUUUUGCUCAACCCCAAAUUUUGCUGGCAUGGAAGUUCUCCCACAAGCUCUGAACACACAGGCCAAGGAAAAGCUCCUGGCAGUGACUUCUCCAGAGGGUUUUACAGGGAAUAUUGUGGGACCUGGCUGCACCCAGAGCUCUGCAUGCUCUGAUCCCUCUCCCAGAUGAGCCUGGAAACCAAGAAGGAUGGGACAGAAGCAGCUCCAGCUGCCAGAGGCACCUCUUGGGAACAAACUUGGAGGAGGAUGGAGGCUCCAGGUCUUUGGCAAGGAUGAGGAAUCAUGAAAUCCCAGAGCCAUUUAGCACAUGGGACAGCUCUCUCCACAUUUUAGGGAGCAGAAAGUGCCCCCAUGGAGCCACCUGCCUGCCAGGAGAGACACGUGUGGCAUUUGGGGGAGGCAGGAUGCUCUGUGCCUCAGCCAGGACAUCUCUGGGACAAGGGAGGUGAGAUCAGCUGCAAAGGUGCUGGGCUCUGACACUCUCACACCUCAGCCCUGCAGCAAGAACCCAAAAGUGAUUUGUUCACACAAGCACGGAGAGAUUGGAGAGAACAGAACAGGGAAAACAGAGGAAAGCUGUCUGAAGGGAGAGAAACGUGACCUUGGGUGUCCUUCCUGCUGCUGCACCCUGAAGAAUCACAGAAUAUUCUGCAUUGGAAGGGCCCACAAGGACCCAGCCCAGCUCCUGGGUGAGUGGUUCAUGCAGGGAUUGAACCUUGUGUUGUCAGCACCAGGCUGUGCCCAGCUGAGCCAGUCCCAGGGCUGAACUCCAUCACAAGGGCAGCAGGACUGGCUGCAGCUCUUGGGAUGCAGGGCUGGCAUCCUGAGGUGGCAGCUGCUGACCCUGCCCUCCUGCCCUGCUCUGGGCACAGGUCCUGGAUGGAGCCCAGCACCAGCACUGGUGACAGCACAGGGAUUGUCCAGGAGCUCCCACAGGGCUGACACCACCUGCCCUGAGGAGCUGCAGGAGGUUUGCUGCUCUCCCAAGCCCCAGUGUUCCCCUACCCAGGCUGUGCUGUCAUCCCCACCCUCAGCCAGGAUCUCCUGCCACCUCUCCACGGGCUGUGACACCUUCUGCAUGGACUCCCUGAAUCCCUGGAGCAUCUCCAGGAGCAGAAGGGCUCCAGGCACCGGGAGGGUUUGAGAUGCAGGUCUGCUGGUGCCAGCUGAGCAUCCAACACGGGCUAAAACGAAUAAAUGCUGCCACGGUGUGGCCAGAGCUGAGCUGGCAGGGCUGGGACACACUGCUGGGUGUGACACUGCCAGGUGUGUGACACUGGCCACCUGCAGGGCAAGGGGAGCCACCCCUGCUGGGUGGGCAGUGGGAGGGGGGAGCUGGGGGACUGGGAUGUGAGUUUGGGAAAGGUCCUGUCCCAGCACACAGCAAGCUUGGCCUUGCCCCCCAUCCUGUGCCUGCAGAAACAAAGCUACAAUCAGAAAAUCAGACUCAUCCUCUUCUUCUGGGGAAUUCUGGCUCCGGGUUUGUGCUCUGGUCUGCUUUAGGAGAAGGAGCAAUCCAAAGAAACAUCUCUGUGCUUUUCCCAGCUCACAGCGUGGUGCUGGCAAGCUUGGCCCUCCUGUCCUGCCUCCUGCCUGCUCUGCUGUGCCAUCCCCACCUGGGGCCCGUGCCUGAGCUGCCUCCUCUUGCUUUCUGUGCACCCCAAAGCUCACCAGCUUUACCAGGGGAGCACAGCUCUGCCUCUGGGGGUGCACAGGGGUCUCAUCCCUGCUGAGCCUUCCUUGGGAAGGGAAAUGCUGUUCAAGGCUCCUUGCCUGGACCUGGAGCAGAAAUCCCCUCCUGCUGUGAAGGUCCAUGAAGUUCAAGAGCCCCAGGGCUCCGAGCUGCCUGUGCUCCUGCAGCCUGAGUGGAACUGCCCCGCUGGGAAUUUUGAUUCACUCUCUGCUGCUGAGUCAGUCUCAGACGUCUGGACUGCUCCCCUUCAUCCCCUCCACCUGCAGGGGCUUUGCACUGCCCUCCAGCUCCAUCUUCUCCCAUAGCAACAGGGGGAGGAAACUUGUGGAUGUGCUUUAUUGCUGAAAUGCAGCUCUUCCAGCCCAGCCCCUGCUCCAGGGCUCACACACUGAGGUCUGAUUUUCAAGACAUUACAAAGUGGGGUUUUUUUGGCCAAGAUUUUACAUCCUAGGGCUUUCAGGCAUCUGCAGAGAGUCAUUCUGUGGAUUUGAAAACCCAAGGGGGAAAAGGUUCUGUGUUUUCCAGCAGCAGGGAAAAAGCAGUGCACGGGUAUCCAGUGUGACUUCUGAGGUUUCAUCUCCUGGGAAGGAGUGCCUGGGAGUUUGUUGUUCUUCUGUAUAUGAGAGACAAUGGCAGAGCAAUGAGACAAGGGCAGAACAAUGAGAUAUCCACCAGGAGUGGUCUCUCAGUGGUCCUCCAGGGUGGGGAAAUUCCUCCUGGGAUCACUGGCAGCAAUCUCCCCAAGGUGGGGUUCCCAGGGGAUGGAAAUGGGGAUGGAAAUGGGGAUGGAAGUGGGGCUGGAAAUGGGGAGAGGUCACAGUGUGACCCUGUUCUGAUUAAACUGUGUGGGCAGUGUUUGUAUUUGUGUUUGUGCUUGAAGCCUCCUGGACUUGCACCAAGCCCAAGCUGCUGCCUCCUGACUUGUGGCCACUGGAGCCAUUCCAUUGCCCUCUGAGGGUUCCCACCAUUUUUUGGAAGGAUAAUUUUAUGCUCAAAACUGAAUUCUGUUCCUGCUUGCAUCAGGGACUAGUUCUCAGCCUCAGAAUUGCUCUGGUAACUCUGCAGUUGUGUUGAUAGCUCCAGAGGGGAGCACAGUCCCUUCACAGAACAGAUGGAGACACAUUUUCAGGACCAUUCAACUUUGCUGUGACUCCGUGUUUGUUCUCACAAUUCCUCCUGCAAAAUUCAGCCAGGGCUCUUGAAAACCUGCAACUUGGAUUAAACUAGCCUGGAAUCCAAGUCCUCCCAGAUCCAAAAUUCCUUCCACACCUGCUGGCUUCAGUGGCACUGGGGAGUUGGGCAGCUUGCACAGCAGCAGCAAAUUCAGAAUAUUUUUUUUGUGUGUGUGUCAGUCUGCGCUUGCACAGCAGCAAAUUCAGAAUGUUUUUUGUGUGUGCACGUGCCUGCAGUGCAUGGCUCCAGCAGUCCCUGGGAAAUCUCCCCUUUCCCAGGAAAAUUCCAGCUUCUUCCACAUGUGCUCAGCAGGGAGUCAGGGGAGAGGGAGAAAGCUGCUGCUUUGAAGCACUUGGCUCCAGAGGUGAAACAGAAUUUAGGAGAGCUCAAAACCAGCUUGGUUUAGCACAGGGAAACUCAUAGGAUGUCCAAGCAUUGCCAUGCAGAUCCACCUUUUUUUUGUUUUGUUUUUUUUUUUCUCCCUGCUGGGAAAAUGAAGCAGACUGGCAAUUCCUGGCCUCCAGCCCUACAGAUGUUUGGCUGUGGUGGAAAUUGGAGCCCUGGAACCACAGGAAUAAAACCCCAGCAGGCUGUGAGCUCAGAGCUGAGCAGCACCUCCUGCCUUACUCACCCACAUCCCACCUGGCCAGAUUUUGGGGAGGGAGGAGGGAGGAAGAACCUCAAAGGGAGCAAAUCAAACCCUGAGAAUUCCUGGUUUAAGUUUUGGAGCUAUUCCUCAUUCCUGUGGUGAGGAAUUAGCAGGACUCUUGUGUGCAAAGCUUUCAGAGCUGUUCUGGAGCUGUGGAAAAGCAGGAACUGCACUGGGAUGCAGGGCUGGUGCAGAAAUCUGAGAGGGAAAAACCACCAGGCAAAGUAUUUUCCUUCCAGGGACAUCCUUAAUACCUGGAAUACUGAAAGGCUAAAUGCUGGAAAAGUUGAUGUAAGAGAGGAAAUAAUUCAGGGCUUCUUUUUGUUGCUUUGUUUUCAUGUGUUGGUUUUGGGGUGGGGAAAGCAAACAGAGAGCAAACAGCCAGUGUAUCAAAUUUGGAUUAAAUCAAACCUUUUGUUCCUACAAUAACUGCUAGGGGACAUUUUUAAAAACUUAUCAAGGGCAACAAAACAGCCUUAAUUAACUGAGACAUUGAUGCUCCUUGCUUCUGAGCCUGCUUUCUUGUUCUCCUCUCCUUGUGAUCGUGGUGUGGAAUCCUGUCUUAACAAAAGCCACUCCCCAGUAUCCCACAGGAUGCCCAGGAACAGGAGAUGGGGUUGGAGAAUCUCCCUGCCAGUGACAAAAUCCCUGCUUUGCUGAAACCCCACAGUACAGGCAAAUCCCCACCAUUCCCAAGGUUGAAUUCCCAUGCUCUGCUGCCUCCAAAUGCCUUUAAGAACGCCAGGCUCUGUGUGCUUUGUGAGCAGUCUGCAGCUUUCCCAGAGUGCACACACAGCUCCCCAGGCACGGGGUGAGUGGAGCAGGACGACUUUCAGCCACUUUUCAGAUUGCACAGGGUGAAGAACACCACUUCUGCCAGCUGCCCAGGGAAUUCGAUAUUCAGUGCCAAUUAAUUUCUGUAAUAGGAGCAGGGAUUUAUCCCCUGGGCUCCCCCCAGGCACCUUUAGUCUCAGACUCAGAGGUGGGGUUGAAUCUUUAAUUUUCUGGUGGCCUUUUCCUGAAGAGCAGCAGUGCCACACGAGGAUGGGCAAGUGGCAGCUCUGGGGCAGGGAACUCCUGGAUUUUUCCCUUCAGCUGUGGGUGAAUCCUGCUGGGCUGGUGGGGCUCCAAGCCCUGGCUGCUGUCUGUCCCCUCUCACCCUGGUGUCACCGUGCCUUCAUCCGCAGGAGGGGACGAUGCCAAGCCCCGAGCCUGGCACUGACUCUGCACCCAUCCCACAGCUGUGUGGGGCAGGGGAGCUGCUUGUGUGGCUGUUUCUUUGUGAUCCUGGGGUGCAGGCUGGGCUGAGCCCCAGCUGUGUGUGACCCUGCCGUGCUUUCAGCAGCCAGCAGCGUGGCUCUCCCCUACCUCUGAGCUCUCAAUGCUGCUAAAAUCUCUGCCACUCGCUCCCCGUGCUCCAGCCCCUCUCUCAGACUGACUCUGGCUCUGUUUGCAACAUAUCCACGUUGUUCUGAAGCAUGCACCUCUCUCUGUAUAGUCCCAAUCUUCUGAUUUUAUGGAAUACUUAUGCCUGUUUGCAUUACAGUCAAAAUAAAAAAGUGAACUAAAAGCUGGCAGUUCUUCUCUCCUUCUCUGGGUUUUUUUAACACCAAAGGCUGCUC